GAUUGCAACAAUCAGUAUUUAAUGAGUCUUUGAACAACAAACUUCUCCAGUUGUUAUCAUACACAUUUGUAAAUAAUACGAGUUCAUAAACAUUGUUAAGGUAUAUCGUCAUAGUGAUUAUGGGAACAGAAUGGAUGAAAGAUCCUGUUAUUCAAAGAUUCAGAGAGUAUUUAAAAAUUCCCAGUGUACAUCCAGACGUAGACUACGGAGAUUGUGUGAUCUUCCUCAAGAAGCAAGCGAGUGAGAUCGGCUUACCAGUGGUCGUUCAUGAACUCGUACCAAGGAAGCCGGUCGUGAUCUUCACAUGGAUUGGGUUAAAGCCACAACUGCCGUCAAUACUGCUCAAUUCUCAUAUGGACGUGGUCCCUGUUUAUGAGGAGUACUGGUCGCACCCUCCUUUCGACGCAGUUAUAACCGACGAUGGGUUUCUGUAUGGUCGAGGAACACAAGAUAUGAAAGGAGUCGGAAUGAUGCAUUUAGAAGCAGUCAGGCGGUUGAAGAACUCUGGAGCGAGACUCCAACGAACUGUUCAUAUAUGUUUCGUUCCUGAUGAAGAAACAGGUGGUAUUGAUGGUAUGCGAAAAUUCUCGGAAUCGGAAGAAUUCAAGAAGCUCAAUCUGGGAUUCUGUUUGGAUGAGAGUAUGCCCAGUGAAAACAAUAAGAUAUUAGCUUUCAACGGUGAAAGAACAAGCAGACAAAUUAAGAUAACAUGCAAAGCAGCGCCUGCACAUGGAGCGCUGUUAGAAUCUAAUACCGCUGGUGAAAAAUUAUAUUACAUAAUUGAUAAGUUUAUGAAAUUACGAGCAGAAGAAAAGAAGAAGCUUGAUAAUGGAACCCCUCUUGGUGAAGUGACUACUAUAAACAUGACACAAAUUGAGGGUGGAGUGCAAAUAAACGUAUUACCAGAAAGCUUAUCCGUAUCUUUCGACAUCAGAAUUGCGCCUGAAUAUGAUCAUGCUGCAUUUGAAAAUAUGAUAUCGACAUGGUGCAGAGAAGCAGGAGACAAUGUCAGUUUUGAAUAUAUUGUAAAAAAUCCUGAAGUAAGAAGCACUAGAAUUGAUGGUUCUGUUCCAUUCUGGAAUGUUCUUAAAACAUCGAUUGAAACAUUGGGUGUACCUAUUAAAUGUAUUACGUGUCCAGGGGCAACAGAUGCCCGUUACAUUAGAAGGCAAGGCAUUCCAGCAAUAGGCCUCAGUCCUCUUAUUAGUACUCCUCAGCUACUGCAUGCACAUGAUGAAAGAAUUCACGUUGAAGUCUACAAGCAAGGUAUCGAUAUAAUGGAGAAAAUAGUGUCAGCUGUAGCUAACGUUUAAGUAAUAUUGUUUAUCGAUAUAAAUAAAUACAAUACCUGACUUUAAUAUAUAAUACUAAUAAAUAUUUACAUUGUGUUA